ACUAAUGCGGGGCGACUUCACAGCGACGGCUGUAGAUGGGACAACAUUACAGGCAGGCGAGUCUUACUUGCUACGGGUGUACAGAUUUGCCGCUUGAUAUCAAGGGAUAUGAUGAGUGCUGGGGUCGAUCUAUCUACCACUGCCUCUUCUGCCAUGGUUAUGAGGAGGCCGGAAAAUCCUCAGCUGGUGUCCUUGCCGUCGGCGAGACUUCUGUCCCAGCAGGAGCCAUAGCUCUCGCUCGCAGUACCAAGCAGUUAACCUCCAAGGCUGUGAUCUACUCCUCAAACAAUCCCGCGGUGCAGACUGCAAUCACAGACCUCCUCGACCAAAACACUACCGACAUCACAACAGACGAUCGGGAGAUUAUCUCCCUUGCUCUUGGUGCGGAAGGUUGCGGAAUUACUAUUACGUUUGCGGACGGGAGCUCAGUUCAGGAGGCGUUUCUUGUGCACAGGCCGGCUACGAAGCUGAACGGCCCGUUUGCAGAGCAGUUAGGUGUGGAGUUGUCGCCGGGUGGAGAUAUCAAGGUGACACCGCCAUUUGGAGCCACUAGUGUUAAGGGAGUUUAUGCGGCAGGAGAUUGCGCGACCCCGAUGAAGAAUGCCAUGCAGGCGAUGCAAAUGGGGACUUUCGCGGGGGUGGGACUUGCGCAUGACUUGCAGGCUGAAGGGCCUAAGAUGUAAAAGCGAGGGCAAACGACUUCACAAUACACCUACACUCCAGAGAUACAAAGUAGAAUGGAUUUAAUUUCUGUAGC